AUGGACUCAUGGGAUUUCUCCCACGAGAUCUCCAAAUUGCGGUCUGGCGGGCAGCACAGAAGAGCCCUGCGGCUGCCCGGGGAGGCCUCGAGGCUGCUGCUGCUGCUGCUGCUGAUGCGGCUGCUUGGCUCUUUCCAGCGCUGCUGCGUCUGCGGCCAGAGCGGGGCAACCAUCAUGUGCUGCGUGCCGGAGUGUGACAGAUGGUUCCACCUGCCCUGUGCCAAGGAGGGCGGCUGUGUCAAUGUAUACGUUACUCCGUUCAGCUCCUUCUGCCCUGAGCACCGUCCAGAGCAGGAGGUGGAGGCGACUCCUGAGCCGGACACUGUUUGCCUCAUCUGCCUGGAGCCUGUGGAGGACAGAAAGUCCUUCACAACCCUGGUGUGCCCAACGUGCAAAAGGGCCUGGUUCCACAGAGACUGCAUCCAGGGACAGGCCUUGCGCGCUGGUGCUUUCUAUUUCCAGUGCCCCCUGUGCAGAGACAGUGGGGAAUUCCCUGUUGAAAUGUUCAUCUUGGGGAUCCGAGUCCCCUUCAGAGACCCAACAUGGGAGGACAACGAUGCCUUCGCAGAUCUAGGAGUGAGGCACAGUCAGUGCAACGCCAGGGAUUGCCUUUACCCUGGAGGCAGGGAGGAGGCAGAGGAACAGGGGCCCUGGCAAUUGCUCCUGUGCUCCUCCUGUGCUGCUGAGGGCACCCACAGGCGCUGCUCUGGCCUGAGGAACAGCACACAGAGAUGGGAGUGUGACAGCUGUGCUGGGCUCGGAACAUCUGCCAGGGAUGAGACAGAGCUCAAUGGCCCCAGGCCGGCCAGACAACGCAGGCGCUCCCGCCAGCAAGGCUGGGCCCAGAGUCCACCUGUCCGCUCCAGGAGUCGCCGUGACAGCAGCAGCAGGACAAGGCCAAGGGCUGAGAGGCCCAGGCGAAGGGACACAUCAUCGGGGACGCCUCCCAGACGCAGCCGCUCCCGCCAGCAGCGCCGGGCCUCGACUCAAACUCUGCGGUCCAGGAGUCGCCAGGACAGGAGCCAGAGGACAGCAGCGAGUGCUGAGAGGCCCAGGCAUAGGGGGACGUGGUCGGGGACAUCCCGCAGGAGCAGCCGCUCCCACCAGCGACGUCGGACCUCAACUGGGACCUCCAACAGCAGCGCGUAG